AGCGGAAAAUUCAAACUUUACCUCGGAUUCAAAACAAGAUUGUCAGAACAACUUGGUUAAGUUUUAAGAACAAUUUGUCUAUUGGUAGACAAAUUUAAUUAAUCAACAUGGAUGAAGAUUCCUUUUUUGAUGCACUUACGGGUGAUGAAAAUUCGCAUGUAACCAUUGCAAGUUCUGCCACCGUUCAGAACAUCAAGAGAACACCACUGAGUCCAAAUCCUACCAACAUCUUGAAUAAUAUGAACAAAACUAAGUUAUUGAAGUUGAAUACACCAGAUACUAUAAUGAAGAAGGAAAUUGAAUUUACAUCACCAUCUUCUAAAAAGAAACAAAGCAAGAAGAUUGUGGUAAACCACACUUCAUGUCCAGUGAAUCUACCCAGUGAAGUAGAUAUACCAAAAGUUGCCAGUUCUCCUCCAAGACCAGCCAGAGUAAUCCAAAACAUAAGGCAUUCCUCAAGUGAUCAGGAAGAAUCAGGAAUUUUGACAGAAGAGUCAAUGUUGGAAACAACUUCUUCAGCCUUCGUGACAGGAGGUGUUGCAGAUGAAAGUCUUUUGUCGCAGUUUGGUCGUUUGAGUCUGGAAGCCAAAACUGGAAUCUCUUUAGAUAAUAAUGAUGGUGAUGAUGAUGAUGUCAUUUCUUUUAAAGGUGUUAUUGAGGAGCCCAGGGUGGAACAUCAAUUGCCAGAAGUUAACACACAACCAGAAAUAAAUGAUAAUAACAAUGAUGUUAAUAUAGCUCCUGUGGAUCUCUGCCCUGAAGCAGUCUCAGAGAAAGUAACUGAGUCUUCUCUUCCAUGUUGUCCUGUGAUGGAAGAUAACAGUGGCACUGAGCACAUUCAUCUAGCUGAUGUAGUCACUGAAAAAUCACAUAACUCAAACCCUAAUAUCUGCGACUCGCUUGCAAGCACAGUGAAUGACGUCCACAACACUGGGGAAGUGACUAAUGAUGCCCAAAAUAAUUUAACUGAGAUUAAGAAAUGCGAAAGCACAGGACUGGUAGAACACUGCGAAGAUGAUCAUCUGCAGUCAGUUGGACCCGAUCCUGAGACGGAUCAAAUUUCUGUGCCAGAAUCUGCAUCUGAAACUGAUAACCGUAUUCAUGUAGACCAUAGCUCCACUGAAACUGAAUCUUCUACUAGUGGAAGGCAGUCUGAAGAAGUAGGUGAGAAGGAAGUACUCGGUGAAGAUGUUAACGGUGAAGACCGAAAAUCAGCAGUUUCAGUCCACACAUCUGUUAAGCCUGAAACAGAGAAUUGCGACAUCAGCCUAAGCAAGGAAACAGAAUUUGGUAAUGUUACACUAGAAGUCGACACAGGAAAAGCAAUGUCAAAUAUUGAUCUCCACAACCCAUGCAAACCUGAAUCGCAACAAACAAAUGUUCUAGAUGGUUUGCAAGCUGAACGAAUUCUAGAUGAUGCCAAUCCAGAUUCUUCGUCUAACUGUGAACCAAGCAAGAGCAAUUUUACAGACUCGAGUUUGGAUGAUAUUGAUCCGUUCCAAACUAAAUCUGCUGUGAAGAAUUCUCCACUCAAACUAAACACCACAGAUUCCAAUUCAGUUGAUGGAGCUGCUGUCACUUUGGAGGACAUUACUCCAGUUAACCAGGAUACGUAUAUGUCAGAAUCACCAGGGAAGUCGAUGGCUUCAUGCUUAAACAAUGGUGAGCCAUUGACAAUGGAAACUGAAAUAAAGCAGAUUAAUGCACUAGAUAAAGCUGAGGCUACUGAAUCGGAAAAACCUAUUGCUAAGUCAGAUGUAACUCCUUGUCCAGAUAACACUGAUCCAUGUCAGACAGAUUGUAACAUGAACAAUUCUCCAGCCAAAAUAGAACCACAUGUUGCUGUGGAGUCCAUGGAUGAAAUUAAUCCUUUUAUAACAAAAAUACAGUUAGCAAAUUCUCCGGUGCCAGUACAGAAUUGUGAUGACAUUGGUCAUUCCAAGACUAAAAAUACAAACACGAAUUCAGAACAACCUCAAGAUGAAACUUGUUUGUUUGAUUCUGGCAGACUGAUUUGCAAUUCCAUGUCCACAAAGUUGGAUGACAUCAGUACACUCGAUGCUACUCCUGAACUAAAUAAUUCUCCAGUUACAUCAGAGGCCAUGACAACAACUGAAGAUAACACUGCAUCAAAGUUAGACAUUAUGGCUGCAACCUCGGAUGACAUUGAUCCAUUCAAAACUAAAACCCAGCUAAAGAGUUCUCCAGUAAAAUCAGAGAUGGUGACAACUAAAGAUGAAACUACCCAACUAAAGACUUCUCUGGUUAAGUUCGAGGCUUCAACAGAUUCUCAGAAUCAAAAUACAACGUGUACACUUUCUCCUAUGAAAUCAAAUACAUUGGUCACAGGUUUUGAUGACAUUGAUCCAUUUAAAACUAAAACUCAACUAAAAUGUUCUCCGGUUAAACCAGAAAUGGUGACAGACGACCAAGAUAAUAUAUCCUCAGUUGAUUCAGGUGAACAACUUGCAAAUUUACCUAUGAUUUCAGCUAUGGACAACAUUGAUCCCUUCAAAACUAAAACUCAGCUAAAGAGUUCUCCAGUAAAAUCAGAGAUGAUGACAACAACUGAAGAUGAAACUACCCAACUAAAGACUUCUCUGGUUGAGUUGGAGACUACAACAGAUUCUCAGAAUCAAAAUACAACGUGUACACUUUCUCCUAUGAAAUCAAACACAUUGGUCACAGGUUUUGAUGACAUUGAUCCAUUUAAAACUAAAACUCAACUAAAAUGUUCUCCGGUUAAACCAGAAAUGGUGACAGACGACCAAGAUAAUAUAUCCUCAGUUGAUUCAGGUGAACAACUUGCAAAUUUACCUAUGAUUUCAGCUUUGGACAACAUUGAUCCCUUCAAAACUAAAACUCAGCUAAAGAGUUCUCCAGUAAAAUCAGAGAUGAUGACAACAACUGAAGAUGAAACUACCCAACUAAAGACUUCUCUGGUUGAGUUGGAGACUACAACAGAUUCUCAGAAUCAAAAUACAAUGUGUACGCUUUCACCUAUGAAAUCCAACACAUUGGUCACAGCUUUUGAUGACAUUGAUCCAUUUAAAACUAAAACUCAGCUAAAAUGUUCACCAGUUAAUUCAGAAAUGGUGCCAGACGACCAAGAUGGAAUGACCUCAGUUGAUUCAUAUGGACAACUUGCGAAUUCAGCUAUUAGUUCAGACAACAUUGAUCCCUUCAAAACUAAAACUAUGUUACAGAGUUCUCCAGUCAAUACAAACAAGGUUGAGAAAACUCUAGAUGUCCAUACUCCAUCAAAAUUGGAUGUUGUGACUUCAGGUUUUGAUGACAUGGAUCCUUUGAAGAGUAAAACUCAGUUAAAGAGUUCACCAGUUAACUCCAUGACAGCAACAGAAGCUUUAGACAAAACUGAUUCGUAUGAUCCCAGUGCACAACUUACAAGUGCUGCCACGACAUCAGAUGCUAUGGCUACAUGUUUAGGUGACAUUGAUCCAUUCAAGACCAACUCUCAGCCAAAGAGUUCACCAGUGAAAUUGGAGGUGGUAAUGGAAAGUCAAAAUGAAUCUGUUUCAUUAAAUUCGCAACUGGUAAAUACUCCUACAAAAUCAGAUGAUAUCCCUUCAGGUUUAGAUGACAUUGAUCCAUUCAAAACUAACACUAAACUGAAGACGUCUCCAGUUCAUCAGGGUGCACAACUUAAAAAUUCUCCAUCCAAGUCUGACAUUAUAACUACAUCUUUUGAAGACGUUGAUCCAUUCAAGCCUAAAUCCAUGUUAAAGAGUUCACCACUGAAGUCAGAGAUGGUAGCAGAAAGUCUAAAGGAAUCUGUAUCAUUAAAUUCAAGUUCGCAGCUGGCAAAAUCAGAUGAAAUGAUUACAGAUUUUGAUGACAUUGAUCCAUUCAAAAGCAAAACUGAGCUGAAGAGUUCUCCUGUUAAAUCAGAAAUGACAAAAGAAUCCUUAGAUGCUGCGGCCGGCACUCUUGAUGACAUCAAUCCAUUCACAAGUAAAACUCAGCUAACAAAUUCUUUUGUUAAAUCUGAGAUUGUGAGAGAAAAUUCUCCUUUAAAAUCACCAUUUGAUGACAUUGAUCCUUUCAAAACCAACAUUUGUUUAAAGAAUUAUCCAGGCAAACAAGAGUACGUAAAACCGAGUUUGAGUGAUGCUGGGCUUGAGUGUUGUGAAGACAUUGAUCCAUUUAAAGCAAAAUCUAAGAUACCAAAUUCACCAGUGCAAUCUGAUGUCACUGCACUAGAGGAGAAUGGUAUUGCUUCACCAAAAACUAACAAUCCCAAGACAAUCACUCCCGCACAAGAUCAAAAGUCUGAUUCAACAGACCUUUCAUCUCAUGGUGGCCUGGACCUCUUGAAGCAAGAUACUCAAACAGAGCUUCCUUCACUUACAUCUGAAACACCUGCCUUGGAAUUGGAUAUUAACAGUUCAAGCAAAACCCAGGGUCUGGACAAUGAGUUACCAGUCACAUCCAAAGAUGAAGUCUUUGUUUCAGAUGUUGCGGUUCCAGAACAGGCUACAUGUGCAGCUUCUGCCAAAGAUAACUUCUUAGAUGAGGAUUUAGAAAAUCCAAUUGGUAUCAAGGAUGAUGAGUUCAUACCUGGUGAACAAAUCUUCAGUAACCCAGCUGCUUGGGAUUUGCUUGAACAGUUUGGUAACAAUUCAAAUUCUUCCACCUCUGAACUGUCUCGAAUUUCUCUGUACCGCAAGUUUGACCCACUGGUGACCUCCAGACCUGAGCUGCCACAGAGCCCAGUUGCCGUUAAACCAAACACAUCAAACACAUCGGUUCUUGAGCACACUCGUCUCGAUAAUAUUGAUGAAAGUCUGUGUUUAUUGGGUACACCUCCAAAAGUUUCCCGCCGUCGGUCCAUCCUCCAUCGCAGACCACCAACCUCAGUCUCACAGCCAAUAACCGAGGAACCGACAGUGCCCAUGGUGGAUAUUAUUUUCUCUUUGAAUCCUGAGGAUUCCGACAAGGAAGUGUGCCCAGAAAACCCAAAUGAGAUAAUAGAAGUGUUGCAAUACACUGAGGCCGACUGGAGAAAACUUCAAGGAGAGCUAAAGCUGGGUUUCGAGGGAAUAAUGCUGAGCAAGGAAAAAGCAUGGAGCAAGAAGUACAAGGCUGCUCAGAUGGAAAUAGCUGAAGAGAAGAAAUGUGUAGAAAAAGCAAGGCAAUCUGAAAGAGAAAUGUGCAUUGUUGUAAGAGAAUAUGAAAAGACAGUUGAAAGUCUCAUUGCUUGCAAUGAAAAAUUAAAGCAAAAAGAGAAAUCCACGCAACAACAGUUAGACCAGAGUAGAGAAGAUGUUGCUUCUGUAGAAAAAGCCUUUUCAGAUCUGCAUCGUCGUUAUGAAAAAAUGAAAGAGGUCCUUACUGGAUUCAGACAGAAUGAAGAAACCCUGAAGACUUCUAUGCAGAAAAAUCUAGAGAAAUGGAAACAGAAAGAUGAAGAUUUUAUGAAGUUUAAAAAGGAAGCUGAAGAAAAACUGCUAACUGCAACUAAGAACUUUAAUGCACUGAAAAAAUCAAGUGAGGCUGAAAGUUUUAAGCUGAAGACAACACUGAAAAAGAAGGACUUGGAACUUGAUAGUACAAAUGCAGCGCUUGAACAAAAGACUAAAGAUGUCAAAGAACUGAUAGAACUGUGUGACACGCUGAUGGCCAGAGUUGAAGGCCAGUCUACAAGUUAAACUUGGUCUACAUACACAAUAAACCUAGUUGAGAGAUUUCUUCUUGAGAAUAGGUUCUACAUUCACCGAGGACAAACACUGUUAUUAGUCCCAAUUUUAAUCAUUUGCUUUUUAAUGAAUGUCAUUUUCUACAGAUUCUUUGAUUCUGGGUAUUACCUUCUCAGGUCUCUGGAAAUUGUGCGAAUGAUUGCUUCGAUCGCGUGUUGUUUGCGCAAACCUAGUUAUGUGUCGGCCAUUUUUUUGUCUCAACAAAAAAAUAAAAAACAUUAAAAAUAUUUUACACUAUCAUUUGUCACGGGUCACAUAACGAUAUAUUUGUAACGGGUUACGCCAAAUGAAGUGGUUUACCUGAAAAAUAAUUGCACGACCCAUAUUCGGGUUACACAAACUUUCAAUUCUCAGAGGCCUGCUUCUGUACUGUUUAGUGAAAGAGAAAAUAUGGACUAGCCGUCUGUAGCAAAUGGUUACAUACAUGUAAUGUCCUCGUUAAACAAAAUCUUCAACAAAGGCAUUGUAUUCUUUAAAUAAUGAUACAGAAAUAAAUGUUUUUAAAAAAAAGAAAAAGAAACGAAGAAACAUGAUGAAGUGUUUAAAUAUGAACAGUUUUAUGAAUACUGUAAAUACAUUUGUUAUCAAGAAGUGUUACAAACAGUUAAAUAUGAAAAGAGAUGUGGAAGUUGCAGGUUUGGCAUUACAAAUUGUAUCACUAGUCCCAAGUAAGUUGUAAAUAUGUUUAUUACUGGUGAGCGGUUAACUGACUGCAUUUUAAUAACAAAUGACGGUAUCUGUAUGCUACGAAUUAUGAAAGAUGACAAAAUUAUUGAAACCUCAUUGAUUUGUUUGACUUACAACAUCAGGAAACCUAUUUGACAACUGACUAGUCAAGCUAUGCUUAACAAUAAUUGAAACAAGUGACAAGUAGAGUAAGAUUAUUAUUUUGGGGGUUCAGUCCUGAUUGGGGAUCGAUGGGUUGGGUUAUUUUCAUGUCUUCAUAGUACUGCAAACUUUAACAUAGCUUUACUACUUCAUAAAAACAAUAUGUAAAUAACAGUACUUAUUGUCCAGUGAGCCUGUUUUUAUUUUAUUAAAGAUACAUUUAAUAUGAUUUUCUUGUUACUAAGGGCUACCAUUACAUUAUCCAUUGUAUAGUUGAUAAUUGAAUUUAAAAAAUUAUAUUCAUGAACUGCUGAAACAGGACUACAAAAGGUUUUUUCACUUUUAAUUGUUUUUGUUUUUGCUUGAUUUGAAUGCAUUGUAAAUAUGACGAAAUUUUUUGAAAGGGUGCUUGUAAUUAUGUAUAAAUAGAUGUACAUUGUAUGCAUUGGUAUAUGUCAUAUUUGCAGUGAAAUUAUCACAUAGAGCACCAUUUUCUUUUCAUUAGUGCUAUGAUUAUGUAGUGCAUUUGUUUACUAGAUCAUUGAAUAUUUUAUAGUUCUAGUGCUAAGAAUUGGUUAAAUAAUUAUAAAAUUGCUAAUUGUGGAUUCCAUGUUAAAACAUGGCAGGUACUAACUUUGUAAUACAUGGACACUAAUUUAUAAUACAUGUACUUUUGUAAAUGUAGGCAGUAGUUUGCUUAAGUUGAGUUUGUUUAGUUUUUUUAGUUUUUGUAUUUUCAGCUAUCGCAGGUCUCCCACAAACUAUCAUAUCUUAGUUUGUCCAACUUGAAUAUGUUUCACAGUUAUAUUUAUUAUUAAACUUUUGACAACUUUUAAACUGUCAACAGUUGUAUAGUGUAAAUCAGAAAAUAUAAUGUGCCAUGAUGUUAUUGCAUUUGGACGGCACAUGCUAAAAUACGUACAUUUAAUAAGGCAUCUAGUAUCAUUCACUUAAAAAGGUCAUAAAAUAAAUUUAAAUCAGUUUGGGUUUUUUCAAACUUGAUUAGACAAAAGAAUUUGGCAUUUAUUUUGAUGGUCAAACCAGCUUAAGCUCUCCAGUUUUGUUUGUAGUAGUAAUCAUCUCCACCACGGGAAUAACAAGGUAUGGAGCUAACUGUACAUCUAACCACAAUAACAUGGACUUCAUUUCACUUUUUGAAAAUAGAUACUUUAUAUGUACCAAAAAUAGGGCUUCAUUCUAACAGAUUAUUUUGGGGUUUGUCUUUUGUGCUAAUUCUUGGUGUUGGUUAAAAAAAAUGUAUAUAUAUAAUGUGUCAAGUAAUUAUACUGAUGAAUUGGUUGUAUUAAUGUUUUGCUGGCAUUAAUUUCUUGAUUUACAGUACUGAACUUUUUCUUAUAUUUAUAUUAUAUGUAUGUUAGAUACAUUUGCAUAGUGUUGAUUUGCUAAAUAGUUUCAACUUGAAAUCAGAAAGUAACCUAUUGUAAAUUGAAUUUUCCAACAAAUGUUUUUCGUAUGUCAUAAUAAUACAUGGGUUAAAAAUCAUUAGUGUUAUACUAUAUUGCUUGUUAAUUGAUAUAUGUUAGAAAUGCUGUUGUAUGUUAUAGUUGGUACGAAUUCGUUCUUGUGUUUUCAUGUAAUGCAUCUCAUUUUGUAAUGUAAUUUUCGGUGCUUAACUAGUUUUCUUGCAUUUAAUCACUGCCAAGUUGAUUCCUGAUUUACUUUAUAAUAUUCUCUCUUCUGUCGUUCAAUUUGUUCCUCUCUCCUAAAGCCCCUCCCCACUCCCAUCACCAACACCCUGCUGUCUUGGCCCAUCAGUCAUAGAUCUUUACUUUCUCACAAUCACACUCUCUCACUUUGUUUUUUAAGAGAAAAUAAUAAAUUAUGUGUGUAUAAGCUGGUAAAGACGAAUAAUAUGGACAUUUAGACAAAAUAGGCAAUAACACUUCAUCCUCGAACUCACUUGAGAAAAUACCCCCGUCCCAAAAUUCAUAAAAACAAUGCUUUUACACAACUAUCACAUCAUUAAACAAUGUAUUGUGUUGUAUAUUCUUGUAUUUGGUUAUUUAAAUUGUUAUUGCAGUCUUUUGUUGUUCACAUUUACCUUGCAGGCCUAUGAAAAUUUCAAGAAUGAUAAUUUAGUUCCUGCAUCGCUCAUACAAGUAGCUUUGCAUAACCUAUAUUUCAUUCAAGCAUAAAAUUUAUAACAAAAUUUAUAUGGUCAUGACAAAUUCACGCAAAAAUAAAACAGGUUGCCUGAAUUUGUUUUUACAUAAUUCAUAAAUGGUUUGUAAACGUCAAUUUUCAAUUAUCAGAAGCCUGCUUGUUGCCCUUCUAUUUUAUUAUUUUCAACAUUGUAUCAGACAUAUAUUGGGUAACAAAGAAAACUCAACAUUGUAUCAAACAUAUAUUGGGUAACAAAGAAAACUCAACAUUGUAUCAAACAUACUUGGUAAAAAAUAAACCACACUAUUUUUCUGUACAUGCAUCUUUGUUACAGAAUACUUAAAAUUCUUUGACAAAUAAAUUAUCAAGAAGUAA